CCCUAAGGUUCAUUCAUUUUUGUAUCAUAGUCCAAGGUGUUUGUUUUCUCAAAGUGAAAACCGGAUCAGUUUUUGAGUGAAAGAAGGCGAGAGAAAUUGGAAUUGGAAUUGGGGAUUUUGGGGAUGGCGAGUGUGAGUCCGAGUAGCGCGGCGGAUCCGAGCGGGGAGCCGAUCCCGACAUCGGCGGUGCUGAUGGCGGCGUCGAAGCACAUAGGGUUGAGAUGCGAAGCGGAGAACUUGGAUUUCCUCAGGUGCAAGAAGAAGGAUCCUAACCCUGAGAAAUGCCUCGACAAAGGCCAACAAGUCACUCGCUGCGUUCUUGGCCUGCUGAAAGAUCUUCACCAGAGGUGCACAAAAGAGAUGGAUGGUUAUGUUGGAUGUUUGUACUACUAUACAAAUGAGUUUGAUUUAUGUCGCAAAGAGCAGCAAGAAUUUGAGAAAGCAUGCCCUUUGGAAUGAGAAAAUAAGCCUAAUCCCAUGCGCACAAUAAUAUAGGCAUAUUGCAUUGAGCAAGUGCUGUUGUUGCACACAGUUUUAAUGGAACUUGUCUGUCGACAUGGAUAUUUGUCACCCAUUUUGUAUGUUCAGUGUUCAGAUUUUUCAUUGGAAAUGUUUCCAAUCUCGACAAUGUUGCAUCUUUUCAAGCAUAAUUAUCAAUGACUACUUCUCAAGAAUUCAAUCA